AUGGCUUCCUUUUCUUCAACGCAUUGUCGUUCAUAUUCACAUUCUUAUUCUUAUUCUUCAUCCACAAAUGGGGGGCAAAAUCAACGUUUUGCUUUCUCUUCUUCAUUUCCGAGAUUGCCUGUUCCAGCUAAAGCUAAGGUCUUUCUUCAAUCUCAAAGAAAUUCCCAUCAAAAUGCUGUUCUCAUGCAAGAUGGUGCCGUAGCCACAAAAGCAAAUCCUGUGGAAAAAGAAACGCCUCUCAAAAAAUUGAAAGAUGAAUUGCUGUCAGCCACAUCUUCAGAUGAAUGGGAUGAGAAAGCAGGUUUUGAUAUCAAUGGAAAUGAGUCAACUGUCAGUAUCACAGUGGUUGGAGCUUCUGGGGACCUUGCAAAAAAGAAGAUAUUUCCUGCACUUUUUGCACUUUAUUAUGAAGAUUGUCUUCCUAAGCACUUCACCAUCUAUGGUUAUGCAAGGAGUAAGAUGACCGAUGCAGAACUUCGAAAUAUGGUGAGCAAGACCCUUACAUGCAGAAUUGAUAAAAGGGAGAACUGUGUUGAAAAGAUGGACCAAUUUCUUAAAAGAUGUUUCUAUCACUCCGGUCAGUAUGAUUCUGAGGAAAAUUUUUCACAGCUGGACAAGAAGCUCAAGGAGCAUGAGGAUGGGAGAGUUUCUAAUCGCCUCUUUUAUUUAUCUAUCCCUCCCAAUAUCUUUAUCGAUGCUGUAAAAUGUGCAAGCUUGUCAGCUUCAUCUGGUAAUGGUUGGACCAGGGUCAUUGUUGAGAAACCUUUUGGUCGAGAUUCAGAAUCUUCUGCUGCACUGACAAAAGCCCUGAAGCAGUACCUAGACGAAGAUCAAAUAUUCAGGAUAGACCACUAUCUAGGAAAGGAACUUGUGGAAAAUCUAUCGGUUCUGCGUUUCUCCAAUCUUAUUUUUGAGCCCUUGUGGUCGAGGCAGUAUAUUAGAAAUGUACAGUUGAUAUUCUCUGAAGAUUUUGGAACUGAAGGACGUGGAGGGUAUUUUGACCAUUAUGGAAUAAUUAGAGAUAUAAUGCAGAAUCAUCUGCUUCAAAUACUUGCGCUCUUUGCUAUGGAAACCCCUGUAAGUUUGGAUGCUGAGGAUAUAAGAAAUGAAAAGGUCAAGGUACUACGCUCGAUGAGGCCUUUGCAACUUGAAGAUGUAGUUAUUGGACAGUACAAGAGCCACACUAAAGGAGGUGUUACCUACCCCGCCUACACUGAUGACAAGACUGUGCCAAAAGAUAGCUUGACCCCAACUUUUGCAGCAGCUGCUCUGUUCAUAGACAAUGCAAGAUGGGAUGGAGUGCCUUUUCUAAUGAAAGCAGGGAAAGCAUUACACAAUAAGAGGGCAGAGAUAAGGGUACAGUUCAGGCAUGUGCCUGGCCACUUGUAUAACCGAAACUUUGGAACUGAUAUUGAUCGAGCUACAAAUGAGCUUGUCAUUAGAGUGCAGCCAGAUGAAGCUAUUUAUUUGAAGAUCAAUAACAAGGUCCCUGGAUUGGGGAUGAGAUUGGACCGCAGUAACCUGAACCUUCAUUAUGCGGCAAGAUAUUCAAAAGAGAUACCAGACGCGUAUGAGAGGCUUCUGCUGGACGCUAUAGAAGGCGAAAGGAGGCUGUUUAUCCGAAGUGAUGAGUUGGAUGCUGCCUGGUCACUCUUUACUCCUGUUUUGAAGGAGCUGGAAGAGAAGAAAAUUAUACCUGAAUACUAUCCUUAUGGCAGCCGUGGCCCUGUUGGUGCUCAUUAUCUUGCAGCUAAAUACAAUGUCCGGUGGGGUGAUCUUGGCGUCGACCAGUAA